GAAUUAAUUAAAAUUUGAAUUUUACUUAUACAUAGUAUAGAGAAUGCUUUAUGCGUAGACCGAACACUGUUGUGUGGCAGUAGCAUUUAUAUGUAGUGAAUUUAUUCUGCUUUCACUACGUACAAUAGAAAAAACUAUAGCUUUUGGUGAAUAAAUUAACGAGAUAACUCAAACUUUUUCUCUAAUAUUCUUUAUAAAUAAUGGUUUUAAAAAUCCUAUCAUAUAAUGUUAAAUUAGCAUUCAGAGUAAUUUCAUUUAAACUCAUGAAAGAUAAAAGCUUACGGUUAAUACCUGGUAUAUUAAUUGGGGCAAGUGUCUCUCAUUAUUGCGUUCUUGCAAAAUCUCUGGCUACUGAAAACUUUAUGGCAGACCCCGUGACUGAUGUUCAAACUUUACAAAAAUCACCUGAUAAUAUGAGAACAAUCAUGGAGUUGAUGAUUAUGCAAAUACAAGCUGAGUUUUGUAAUGCAUUAGAAAAAGAAGAACCUACCAAAAAGUUCUUAGUUGACCGAUGGUUAAGGCCUGAAGGAGGUGGUGGAAUAACAUGUGUAAUGCAAGAUGGUGAAGUUUUUGAAAAAGCUGGGGUUAAUAUAUCUGUAGUUCACGGAAACUUACCUCCUGGGGCUAUAGCUCAAAUGAAAUCUAGAGGUAAAAAUUUUAAAGAUGGUCAAGUUCUUCCAUUCUUUGCUGCAGGCAUUAGUGCAGUCAUACAUCCUCGUAAUCCAUAUGUGCCUACUAUUCAUUUUAACUAUAGAUAUUUUGAAGUAGUUCAACCUGAUAAUACAACACAAUGGUGGUUUGGUGGUGGAACAGAUUUAACCCCAUAUUAUUUAAAUGAAAAUGAUGCAAUCCAUUUUCAUAAGGCAUUAAAAAGUGCUUGUGAUCUACAUGACAAGGAAUACUAUCCAAAAUUUAAACAAUGGUGUGAUAAUUAUUUUAAUAUUCCUCAUCGUGGUGAGCGUCGUGGGAUUGGGGGAAUAUUUUUUGAUGAUUUAGAUUCACCAUCCAGGAAAGAUGUUUUCUCUUUUGUUAAAAGUUGUGCUGAAGCUGUUAUUCCUUCAUACAUACCUCUAGUUAAAAAACAUAAAAAUGAUAAUUAUGGAAAGCAAGAAAGAGACUGGCAGUUGUUAAGAAGGGGAAGAUAUGUAGAAUUCAAUUUAAUUUAUGAUAGAGGAACAAAAUUUGGAUUAUAUACUCCAGGAGCCCGAUAUGAAAGUAUUCUUAUGUCACUUCCUUCUACAGCAAAUUGGAAAUACAUGCAUAAACCAGAUCCACAUAGUAGAGAAGGAAAACUGUCUGAAGUAUUAAAAAACCCAAAAGCCUGGAUAUAACUUUAGAAAACAUAAUUCAAGCAUAAUUACUUAAUACUGGAAUUUAAAUUCAUCAGAUUUUUCUUAAGAAAUCAUAAUUUUAAUGUAUGAUGGCAAUUUAAAAAUAUUAAAUUAGAUUGUUCACUUCUAUAUGUUCAAGCUUUAAGUUU